GAUGACUGUGCUGGACCCUGACAGUGAUCAACAGCUGAUGCCUAAAGAAGAGUAUGAGAACAGGGCAAAGCAUCUUUUGCAGCUGAGGCUCUGAAAUACUGGAGGACACUGCAUCUUCCUCAGGGACACGGACAAGGGGGAGCUGGAGCCUCUGGGGAGCUCAGAAAGGAAUUGUGGUUGGUGGUCGCCUGAGGAACUUACCUUCACACCAAUGUUGCUCUGAAACGAGUUGUGUCCAACAUUCAGGUUUGGUAAGUAGACAGGGAAACAUGCUUCCUUGGAGCACAGGCACUGAAGUUACCCACUCUCAUUGAUCUAGUAACCGCUCACUGUGGGUCUUGUUUGUGGAUGGAGGAAUUCACAUCUGCACAGAGAAAUACAAAUUAAUGUGUUUGAUCCAUGGCUGGAGAUGUAUUCGGAAGACUAAUCUUGAACACCAGAACCUGUUACAUUGAGAUGCCUCAGGAACAAUACGCGCACCGGAGCACCAUGCAGACCUCGGAAGGACCCCAGGUAUACAAAGUGGGGAUUUAUGGCUGGAGGAAGAGAUGCCUCUAUUUCUUUGUGCUGCUCCUAAUGAUUUUAAUCCUGGUGAACCUUGCUAUGACCAUCUGGAUUCUGAAGGUUAUGAACUUCACAAUUGAUGGAAUGGGGAACCUGAGAAUCACAGAAAAGGGUCUAAAGCUCGAAGGAGAUUCAGAAUUCUUGAAACCUCUCUACGCCAAAGAAAUCCGGUCAAGACCAGGCAAUCCACUGUACUUCCAGUCUGCCAGAAAUGUGACAGUGAACAUCCUCAAUGAGAAGACUAAAGUUCUUACUCGUCUUGUAACAGGUCCCCAAGCAGUGGAAGCACACAGCCAAAAAUUUGAGGUGAAAACCCUCUCCGGAAAAUUGCUGUUUUCUGCAGAUGACAACGAAGUGGUGGUUGGAGCAGAGAGAUUGAGAGUCUUAGGAGCAGAAGGCACAGUGUUCCCUAAAUCUAUAGAAACUCCCAAUGUCAGGGCAGACCCCUUCAAGGAACUAAGACUAGAGUCACCUACACGCGCGCUGGUGAUGGAGGCUCCAAAAGGCAUCGAGAUCAAUGCCGAGGCCGGCAGCUUGAAAGCCACGUGCAGGACAGAGCUCAGGCUGGAAUCCAAAGACGGAGAGAUAACGUUGAAUUCUGCAAAAAUCAAACUACCUAACUUGCCUCAAGGAUCUUCCUCUUCUGCAGGGUCCAGGCAAAAAAUCUACGAGCUCUGUGUGUGUCCCAAUGGGAGGUUAUUUCUGUCUCAGGCAGGCACUAGCUCGACCUGCCAGAUAAAUACAAGCGUCUGCCUUUGAGAGACAAUUUGCAGCGGGGCAUCGCAGGCAGCCCAAAAGCCAGUUCUGGUCUCACAGAUUGCAGCUGCCAACUAUUUUUACUAGAACACAGAAAGCCUAUCAAAGACUUUUUUUGUGUGUGCGCGCGCGUGUGUGUGAAUAUAUAUAUAAAAAUA